CCAUCCACCAGCAGGUGGCAGCAGCGCACAGCAGCGCUACAAAAAUAUAUCCCCACGAAGAAGUAAAAAAAAAAAAAAGAAAACCGGAAAUGACGUACAGUGCAGCGCAGAAUCAAAACAGUUGAAAUUUGACAGCUCAACAACUGGACCCGCAAAAAGUCUUUUAAAAUGAGAAAUGUCGGCUCCAGAAAUAAACUCCAUUAUUGAACCAACGGCUAACGGCUAACGGCUAACGGCUAACGGCUAACGGCAGUUGCUCCACGGCGGUCUGUGGGCUCAACAUGACCAUAUAUAGACCGGCCACGGGGCUCCCUCGCCGGUGAAAUGUAAACAGUGUCUCGCGCAGGAGGCUGACAAAAAAAGGGGGGCAAGCAAAAACAAAAAGCCUGGAAGAAGAAGAAAAACAACAACAACACAAUCUCCGCCAUGUCAUCGGAGCAGAUCAUCGCCAUCGUCAUGGAGGACAAGAUCUACGAGGUGGAUAAAAAGAAGCUGAUCGAGAAGAGCGACUACUUCCGCGCGCUGUACAGCUCCGGGAUGAGGGAGUCCACGGAGGACUCGGUGCAGCUGCGGGGGCUCAGCGUCCCCGGUCUGGAGCUGGUCCUGGAGUUCAUCAACACCUCCAAGGUCCAGGUUGUCAACGAGACCCUGGAGGACCUGAUCGAGACCGCCUCCUUCCUCCAGGUCACCUCCAUCCUCAAGCUCCUCACCUCGGAGAUCCGCCUGGACAACUGCGUGGAGCUGUUCAGCCUCUCGGAGGUCUACGGGACUCACGACCUGCGCCGCGCGUGCCUCAAAUACAUGAGCUGCUACUACCACCCCACGCUGAGGCGGCCGGAGUUCGGCGGCCUCCCCUCUGCGGUCCGAGGGCAGGUCAGGGAGAUGCGCAUGAAGGGCACCGCCACCCUGGUGGCCGUCGGAGACUUCACCUGCCUCUCCCUGGACAUGCCGGACCAGGAUGAACCCUGGUCCAUGCUGCGGUACGGGGAGCUGGAGCAGCGCUGGAGGCCCCUCGCCAACAACUUGCCCCCAGACAUGAUCAACGUCCGGGGCUACGGCUCCGCGGUGCUCGACAACUACCUGUUCAUCGUGGGCGGCUACAGGACCAGCAGCCAGGAGGUCUCCGCGGUGCACUGCUACAACCCCUGCAGGAACGAGUGGAACCAGGUGGCUCCGCUCAACCAGAAGAGGUCCAACUUCAAGCUGCUGGCCGUCCAGGGCAAGAUGUACGCGGUCGGAGGCCAGAGUCUGGGCACGGUGGAGUGUUACAGCCCGGAGCAGGACUGGUGGACCUGUGUGUCCUCCAUGCCCGACCCGCUGGCCGAGUUCUCCGCCUGCGAAUGCCGGGGGAUGAUCUACGUCAUGGGUGGAUACACUGCGAGAGACAGGAACACGAGCGUCCUCCGUUACUGCCCCGCCUCCGACACCUGGACGGUGUUUCGGACGUGCUCGGCGCACAUCCGCAAGCAGCAGAUGCUCUCCUUGGAGGACACCAUCUACCUGGUGGGCGGCUACACCCACGAGCUGCAGUUCGGCCAGCGGCGUCCCAGCCAGACGGAGGACGUGCUGACGGUGCAGUCCUACAACGUCUCCACGGGCGAGUGGGUCCAGCUGAAGGAGAACACGUCCAAGUCGGGCCUGAACCUGACGUGCACGCUGCACAACGACGGCGUGUACAUCAUGAGCCGGGACGUCAGCCUGCCCACCAGCCUGGAGCACCGCGUCUUUCUCAAGUACAACAUCUUCUCCGACGCCUGGGAGGCCUUCCGGCGCUUCCCGGCUCUGGGUCAGAACAUGCUGCUGUGUUCGCUUUACCUCCCCAACGUGCUGUGAGUGAGAGUGCUGACGGGAAAGACUCAACAAGCUGGUGGAGCCCCAUAGCGGCAUCACCGGAGGCCAGUGUGUGGCUCGCUUGUUCUCGCACACAAUGGGCCUGUGUGGCGUUGGUGGGAACGGUUGCCAGGUGCAACGCCCUGUGACCUUUUGUGCCUCGACAAAAAAAGAGAACGAAAGAAAGACGCACGACAUUGUACACGCUGCCGUGGAUGCAAAAUACAAAAAGCUACAAUGACAAGUAUGAAAAGUGAUGAAGCGCCAUGACCCACAGGUCAACAGCAUCGUAACAGCUAGCCCCAGUUUGUGCCUCUCAUAUAUUAAUUAGUCACAGUGGAAAUAAUUUAUUAUAAUAAUCUGAUUCAGAUUCUGUCUGCUGCACAAUAAAA